UCCACGGAACUGAUGUUCGAAAAACCAUUCUUACUCACAUCCUAAAAGAGUUCAAAGGAAAGGGGAUCGAACCAUUUAUUGAUAAUGAUAUCGAGAGGAGCAAGUCAAUUGGUCCUGAGCUCAUAGAAGCUAUCAGAGGAUCAAAGAUCGCGAUCGUCUUGCUCUCUAAGAACUAUGCUUCUUCUUCAUGGUGCCUUAACGAGUUGGUGGAGAUCAUGAAGUGUAGAGAAGAGUUUGGUCAAAGAGUGAUGACCAUAUUCUAUGACGUUGAUCCAACUGAUGUAAAGAAGCAGACCGGAGAUUUUGGGAAGGUCUUCAAUAAAACUUGUAGAGGCAAAACAAAAGAUGAGAUUAAGAGAUGGAGAAAAGCUUUGGAAAGUGUGGCGACAAUAGCUGGAGAGCACUCGCGCAACUGGGAUAAUGAAGCAGCCAUGACUGAAAAAAUCGCCACUGAUGUGUCAAACAUGUUGAAUCUUUCUACACCGUCAAGAGACUUUGAUGGUUUAGUUGGGAUGGGAGCUCAUAUGAAAGAAAUGGAAUCAUUGUUAUGCAUGGGAUCUGAUAAAGUAAGGAUGAUUGGGAUUUGGGGUCCGUCUGGGAUUGGGAAGACUACCAUUGCCAGAGUCUUAUAUAGCAAAAUUUCUGAAAAUUUUGAGUUGAGUAUCUUCAUGGAGAAUGUCAAAGAGUGGAUGUAUAUAAGACCAGCAUGUUCUGAUGAGUAUAGUGCAAAGAUGCAGUUACAAAAACAAUUUAUGUCCCAGAUAUUUAACCAUAAGGAUAUGGAGCUUCCUCAUUUAGGCAUUAUCCAAGAUAGGUUGAACGACAAGAAAGUGCUUAUUGUUCUUGAUAGCAUUGAUCAAUCCAUACAGCUAGAUUCUAUCGCGAAAGAAACUCACUGGUUCGGUCAUGGAAGUCGUAUUAUCAUCACAACGCAAGACAAAAAACUUUUGGAGGCUCAUGGCAUCAACCAUAUUUACAAGGUGGAGUUUCCAUCAACAUAUGAAGCUUGUCAAAUCUUUUGUUUGUAUGCUUUUGGUCAAAAUUUCCCUAAAGAUGGUUUUGAGGAGCUUGCAUGGCAAGUUACAAUACUUUUAGGUGAACUACCAUUGGGACUAAGAGUGAUGGGCUCCUAUUUUCGUGGAAUGUCUAAGCAAGAGUGGAUAAGUGCACUACCAAGGUUAAGGACUCGUCUUGAUGGCAAUAUUAAAAGCAUUUUAAAGUUCAGUUAUGAUGCUUUGUGUGGUGAAGACAAAGAUCUAUUUCUUCAUAUAGCUUGUUUUUUUAACUAUCAUUGUGUUGAGAAGGUGGAAGGGUAUCUUGCGCACAAAUUCUUUGAUGUGAGCCAAAGACUUCAACUUCUAGCUAAGAAAUCUCUCAUAUCUAUUGAAAGGGGUGACAUAUAUAAUGGCGAUAGAUGGAUAGAGAUGCAUAAUCCACUAGUACAACUAGGAAGGGAUAUAGUUCGUCAUUCGCCUGGGAAUCAAUCCAUUAAUGAGCCUUGGAAGCAUCAAUUUUUGGUUGAUGCUAGAGAUAUUUGUGAAGUACUCUAUGAUAAUACGGGUACUAGUAGUGUAAUAGGCAUAAAUUUUGAUCCAUACAAGGCGUUAGAUGGAAUGAAUAUAAGUGAGAGAGCGUUUGAAGGAAUGUCUAAUCUUCAAUUCUUAAGAUUCAAUGGUCCACAUGGUGACCAAAGCGAUAAAUCUUGCUUACCACAAAGUUUGAAUUAUCUAUCUCGAAAACUUAUAUUACUAGAGUGGAAUUUGUUUCCGAUGACAUUUCUGCCUUUCAAUUUUUGUACGGAGUACCUUGUUGCACUAGAAAUGAAAGAUAGCAAUAUUCAGAAGUUGUGGGAAGGACAUCAGUCGCCUAGAAACCUCAAGUGGAUAAAUUUGAGAGGGUCAAAAAACCUAAAUGAGUUACCUGAUCUUUCAGCUGCCACUAAACUUCAAGAAUUGAUCCUCACUAAAUGUGAAAGUUUGAUGGAGAUCCCCACCUCUAUUGGAAACAACACUAAUAUCCAGAAAUUGUAUCUUGGAAUGUGCACUAGCUUGGUGGAGCUUCCGUUCUCUAUUGGAAAACUUCAUAAAUUGCAAGAACUACAGUUGCAAGGAUGUUCAAAGCUAGCGGUUCUUCCUAUCAACAUAAACUUGAAAUCUCUCGAUAAACUUAAUCUCACUAAUUGUUUACUACUGAAGAGUUUUCCUGAGAUCUCCACAAAUAUUAAGGAUCUCAAGCUCAUGAGAACUGCAAUCAGAGAGGUGCCUACGUCGAUCAAGUCAUGGUCUCGUCUUCAUGACUUGGAAAUUUCAUACAAUGAAAACAUUCUAGGAUUCUCGCAUGCUCUUGCUUUCAUCACAAAGUUGCACUUUAAGGAUACGGAAACGAAAGAAAUUCCUUCAUGGGUCAAUAAAAUACCUCGCCUUGAGACACUUAUACUAGAGGGAUACAAGAAGCUGGUAGCAGUCCCACAGCUUUCAGUAUCGUACCAAUGGAUCGAAAACGGCCAGUCAUUGGAGAAACAUGGUUGCUCCUUUUACAAUCAUCCGAAGAAAUAUCUCAAGUUUACUAACCGUUUGAAGCUGAAUAAAGAAACAAGACAACUCAUCCAGACUAGUAUUACAUGUGCGCUCUUACCGAGUAGAAAAGUGCCUGCAAACUUCACUCAUCGAGGUAAUUCUGGAUGUUUCGUGAUAGUAAGUUUGAAACAACGGCCCCUUUCUACAAUCUUGAGAUUUAAGGCUUGCAUAUUGCUGGUUAAUGAUAAUAAUGAGACGACGAAGGAAAUAGUGGCAUACUAUGACAUCAUGGACAAACAUAAAUCUAGCGUCAUUGCUCCUGCAUAUAGCUUUAUUGUGCCUCCCUUUUUAACAGAGCAUUUGCUCACCUUUGAACUUGAAGCGGAAGUUACCUCCAAUGAGCUUUUGUUUAAACUCCACCUUGACAGUAACGAAGUAAGGAUAAAAGAAUAUGGAGUACUCCAACUCUAAGUCCCUUCAUGUUAUUGACCAAAGUAAUUCAAGACUUUGGUUGAGACAUCCAGAGAAUAAACAAGAGGUGUUUUGUAAAGUAGACACUUUUAUAAUUUGUGAACUAUGUACAUUUUUUUUUGGUAGUGUGUGAACGGGGUACUUUCAUAUGCAGUUUUUUUCUUUCUUCCUUUAA